AUGGAUUUGGCUGUCAAUUAUUUGGACAACUUAACCAGGGUUCCAAGAUUUGACACACUCAUCAUGUUUCUUCCAUCCUCAGACAACGCUGAUGUUGUUAAGAUAUGGGAUGAAGUGUUGGACAAUGAGGCAACUCCGAUUGAGUAUGCCGAGAAGCUUGAUAACCUGCAUACAAAGUAUUGCCCCAAGCGAUGA